UGGGGACGCUUUGAUUACGAGACAGUAAGAGAACUAAUCGACACGACCUGCUGGGUGGAUUGUCUGACGCCAAUCGAUCUGAUUGCGUACUAUCGAAGGCAUGUAGAAGACAAGUACGUAGGGCUAGAGAAGUUGAGAUAUUUAUACGAGAGCAAUCAGUAGAAGCAUGCCGGGUCGAACGUCUACAGGGGCCAACGUGAGUAGACAGUUAGUAAACGAGGGAUUUACUGCGACGGUUCUACUCAAAGCAUACCUAGAGGAGAAUCUAACAAAGCAAGAAUGCUUGCGGCGAGCUAGGGAGUUCACCCACGAGCACAAAGCAGAAGUCCUUACGUGCUUAACCUUUCAAACGAAGGUAACGUACGAAGUCAUGGUAUGGUCGGCAGGGUAUUUGCAGGCGGAGUUAUUUUUUGAUGAGACGGUACCGGAAGCAAGGAGUAGAGUACGAGUUGGUACUCUUGGCAUGACGCAACGCGAGCCUGUACUGUACAGACAUAGACGACGAACGUCGUACUCUCUGCGAUGGGAUCAACGAGGUUCCGAUGAUAGAAAUCCUCGUGUGAUCAUGCAAAAAGUAGUGCCAAGGCGCCGACUUCCUACUAACGGGCGACACCGACUUUCCUCGCAGCUAUUGUCGUACUCGUGUACGGUCUCGAGACACUUAGCACGCGAUGAGGUGAUGCUACAGCGUAAGUACGUAAAGUGGGCGGAUGACCUGGGCGACGUAUCGAUGUUCCAUUCGAUGAAGGACAGCGUUGAGGCCAGGCGUGUGCGACCGAGUAAGGGAAAAGAAGCGGCGAAGAGUCAGAGUGUGAGAAUGACACUAUCCUCCGAUGAGGAGUCGCCGACCACGCCUAUUCGAGUUGCGACGACCAAGUCUGCGAGAGGGUCUUCUUCGAGGAAGACAGAUACUGACUAUGUGAUGCCUGAGAAGGAUGGUCAGAGGAUCGAAGAGGAAGAGGUCACGCUUUCGCCCAUCAAACGCGGAGCAAAGAAGUUCACAAUGAGGAGUUUUUUAGAUGAUAUCGAUACAGUCGAGUCUCUUAGGCGCGUGCUUAGGCAACCUAUGCAGUGCUCGAUACUCGAGUACUUGGCUGCAUCUAGGCCAGCACGUGACGAACUCCAGAUGAUCACGCGGAACACCCGCGUCCCACUGGGAGAUGAGGUCCAGGUGGCUCCUAAGCCGAAAGUGCCUAUUGUGGCAGUGUCGGGAGUGAGCGCGAAAGCUGAGUGCGCAGCGACACUAUAGCUAGAAGGUAUGGAGGGCGUGCCUUCUGACAAGUUCUACAUUCUAGGAAGUGGAACAGUUGAGACUAU